AUGACGGCCCCGCCUCGAGUUGUUGCUCUUGUGGAGAAUCUACACCCGCAUGCUAUCAAGCUAGCACAAGAGCUUUUCACUGCUCCUGCCUACCAGUUACUUCUUCCUCCGGCGGAGAAUUGGCGAGAAUCGGCUCAUGCAAUUGUCAUGAGAACAGGGUCAUUGACUCGGGAAGAUAUAGAAACUGCCAAAUACCUUCAAGUCGUUGGCAAGCAAGGAGUUGGCCUUGACAAGGUUGACCUUUCUGCGGCCAAGGAGCAAGGUGUUAUCAUUCGGAACACACCUGGCAUAAAUGCCACUGCGGUGGCUGAGCUGGUAGUUGCUCAUAUCUUUGCAGUUGCGCGGCAGAUUGUCGAUAUUGGCGUCCGGCAGCGCAACGGCGAGGUAUUCCAGCGUCACCAAUGCUCUGGACUGCAGAUAACCGGCAAAAACAUUGGCAUUGUGGGAAUGGGCGCCAUCGGAAAAGCCGUUGCUAGAAUGCUCCAUGAUGGAUUUGGUUGUACAAUCUUCGCAUACGAUCCAUUUCUUGCGGACGAUGCUUGGUCCGAUGUGCCGCACACUAGAGCCCGGACAGUCCAGGAGAUACUUCCUCUGCUUGACGUCCUGACUUUACAUGUCCCACUUGUAGAUGGCACCCGAAACUUGAUCAGCAUGACAGAGUUCAAGGCGAUGAAACAAUCAUGCAUCCUCAUCAACCAUUCAAGAGGGGGCGUAGUUAACGAAGAUGAUAUGGUUACUGCUUUGAAGGAGCAGAAGAUCCGGGGUGUUGGGAUCGACGCAUUGGUGUAUGAUCCGCCGACUUUGGAAAAGUACGGAGAGUUGUGGUCGCUGCCAAACAUCAUUACGACACCACAUAUCGGAGCCUCUACGCCGCAGACACAGUCGGAAUCUGCUUGCGCAGCGGUCAGAAACGUAUGGGAAUUCUUUGAGAGCAAGAAAUAG